AUGGCGUCCGCUGCUCUGUCAUUCCCAAUCGCAUUUUGGACUGGCGUGGAACCCAUCGCAACCGUGUCUGUGUCUCUCGCCUGUGCUCAAUAUGUCGUGACCGGACUCGAAGACGGACUCAUCUGGGUGUUUACCAUUUGUCAGUUUGAGAAUACCUUGACAAUCAAGGCAAGUAGACGAGCAGACGAAUUACGACACAAUGCCCGCAUUACUGCGUUAGAAGCAAUGUUAGUUGAAGGUGCAACAAUGUCAGCAAGCGAAUGGAUUCUCAUUAGUGCAUCGGAGGACGGCGAAGUGAAAAAAUGGAGCCUCGCUGAUGGACGAUGCCUGCAAUCCAACCCUGACGCGUUCAUCGGCGUGCCGACGUAUCUAGGAGUGAUCUCAUCCCUCAAAAAGUCAGGAUCUGGUCCCAACUUUAUUAUAUGCGCUGGUACUUCAAAUGAAGCAUGCAUAUUGGAUUCAACUUCUUUGGAGGUGGUUCGUGUUUGGGGAGGUCACUUAGACUGGGUUUAUUGCACUGCAUUGCCAAGCGAUGACUGCAAGAUUUCGAUUUGGGUUUUUGACACAUCUAGUUUGACAGUGAUCAAGUCCAAAACAUACGACAUCUGUACAAAAACAGAAGACAGUGUAGUUUCCUUAGUAUCAUGUCGCUACGAAGCGUCCAGGGUUGCCUUGGUGACAAGGAGUCUUAUUCAGGAGCCAUUUGCAGGCGCAGAAUUUAUUAGCUCGGAGCAAAUUGUGCUGUGGACAGAAUUGGGCCGAGUUCGUGUAUAUUCACUCAGAGGGCCACAGCUAGCCAGUGAGCAGAUAGAUGUGGAUGUGUCAACUCUAUCCACAGACGUAAGAACUUGCCUUAACCAAAGCUCCUCAGUUUCCGAAUUUAAUAUCCGAUUGGGGUACCGCCCCACCGUGACUAUCCUAAGGAGUAAUGAGUUACAAUAUGUACUAUGUCUUCGAAAUGCUUCUGUGGGGCUCGAGUACUCCCUAGCUCGACUGCCAUGCGGAGACAAUGAUGAACAAGCUCCCCAUAUCUACGAGUCGCAUAUUCAAUGGGAUUUCAACAGCGCUGGGCCCAUUCUAAAGCCCUCUAUAAGUUGUUCCAUGAUGCUUACCGAUGUCUUGAUAGCAUUGGGUGACAACCAGGCGUUACUAGCCUUAACUCUUACACUCGAAUCAUUGCCCUCAGAGGAAAUAAUGAUUUUGAGAGGGCAUGUAGGAGCCAUUACUACUAUUUUCACAUCCGAUGACCUAAUGCAACGCUCCUUCUUAAUGUCAGGCGGCGAGGAUUGCUCUGCCAGGAUAUGGAGCAUUGAUUCAGGUGCCGAGAUUGCAUGUUUUAACAACCAUAGUAGACCAAUUGCCCACUUCCUACAAGUCCCUGACGAUGUUAAUUCAAGGAUUAGGAGAAGUGUGAUAUCUGUAGCGCAAGACUGCUCAAUUGCCAUCAUUUCAAUCGAAGAGAUGAGCUGCAUCUAUCUUUUUGGAGGCUAUGAGCAUGCUCUGCUAUCAAUUCAGUGGAGGCCAUCAGAAGAUUACAUUGUGCUAUGGUAUGCGGACGCGACGGCAUUUAUUUGGCAGAUGCAAACCGGCCAUCUAGAUCGUACUGUCAGAGGAGAUUCUGCUCGUGAAAUAAUAAUGGAUCCUCGCUGGAAAAAUUGUGACAUCGUCCAUACGCGGUCGAACUCCUCUAAAUUAGCAUUUGACUGCAUUACUACAUGGCUCAGUGGCACAGCUCCGGCUCGCGUAGCAGAGCAGCAAGAUUACAUUGCAGUCCCUAAUCUCGCCUCUCAGCCAUCGAAUACGGCUGAUGUUAAAACACCUGCCCGUCGAGGAAUGCUUAUUGGGCAGUGGAGGUCCUCUACUAAAUCCAAGGCGAAGGCAGUAGAUCAACCAGUUACUCGUUCAGAUGAUAUUCAGAAAUGCUUGGAUGCAGCGAAGAGAAUUUUAAGUUUGAUGAUCACUGAAGAUAAUGCUCAUGCGAUUUCAAUUCGGAAUUCGCUCGGAUUAUCGCAGCCAGUUCGAUCUGCUGCAUUUGGAAUGCGAGGUGCCUAUGGAAAUAUAUCAAUUCAGGCGCCUGCGCAUAAUUGUGACACCACUUCUUGGUGCAUAUCACCUACAAUGACGGCCUCCAAACUUAUUACUAUCCUUUCUUUGACUAAGAUUGUGGUGUCGGUGUGCAACCUUAGUGUUGACAUGGACAUCUGGCCAAAGGAUUAUUGCAGUGCUGUCCAAGAUUCAAUUGGGGCGAAUUACUGUCCACCUUCACUUUCUUAUUUAGCGAAGUACUGGCAAGAUCCUCAAAUGGAGAUUCAAGAGGCAGCGAGAAUAAUUUUGCUCUCCACAAUUGAGCGGAUGUCAAAAGCUGAGAUCUCAUCGCUAGUAAAGUACUGGUCUGUAUACUUACCAGCAGCAGCUCUGCCAGACACAUGCUCAAGUCAGUACAUGGCUCGCUCCGCUAUCAUUCUAGGGAUCAUUGGAGCCGAAAACGCAGAUGCUUUGCCCGAAACGGUGCGGAAAUUGGUGGCUUUGUCACUGACGAUCCUUCUCAAUGACGAUACUCGUCUAUCAUACAGAAUUGCCUCGAUUGAUCUACUAUCUCAAGGAUUUGGGUCGUGGCAGCCAUUCAUUCGCGCAGAUGCAGUACUGCACACACUAUUUACUAUGGCAAUGGAUUCACAGUCCUAUAAUACCCUAGUUUCCCGUAGGGCACGCCGAGCCAUUGCUCGAAUCGCUGCCAUCAAUCCUACUCUCUUUGUGACUACUUUGACGCAGGAUAUUUUGGAUGUCAAGAAACAGGCUGAUCGAGCAGGUCUUCUAAAGCUUGUCUCUAUUUUUUCACGAAAAAAUCCCGCCGUGUUGUAUAAAGGUAUUCCACGACUCACUGAAGCCAUCGUAAAGUCACUUGAUCCUAUUGCUCCCCAAGCCCGUGAGUCCUUGCUUCCUGUCGCCACUUCCGUUAUGAUGGAUCUUGUCCAUUCUUUUCCCCAAUUAGACUUUCACACCGGCUCGCAAAAGCUAGCCGUAGGUACAUUGGAAGGCGCCAUUGUUGUUUACGACCUUCAUACAGCGACUCGCUGGCAAAUCCUAGAGGGCCACAGUAAAUCAGUAUCAGCAGUGUCAUUCUCGCGGGAUGGUGAGACAAUCGUAUCGUGCUCGAUCAAAGAGCGCUCCGUCCGCUUCUGGCAUCCCAGCCCUGGCUUUUUUGGUAUGCUCAUGGGUGGCAAUAGCCUAUGGGCCCAAGUUAAAUCUACCUCCGUAGGUGGCAGCAAACAAAGCCACAGCAUGACUUCUCUAUCAUCGCAGCAAUCCAGCCGUAAAAUUGAUUUUGCUCUAGAAGACUCAAGAGCGGCUGGAUCAGAGGAAUCUAUGCUGAAUCAUGUUCGAUUUGAGUGGACAGGAGACAAGGCUGUCAAGUUGUCGGUCUACGAUCAUGUCAUGUCAUUAAACAUUUAA